AGAUUUGCGCCCGAAGUUAGGAGAAGCCUUAUUUUAAGUAAAGGUAAUAGGAAAUACAAAACCGACAGCCUCCGGCUAGUUUUCACCGGCUUCCUCUUCCCCUUCCCUUCACUGUCGUACGUUCAAUUCUCGAUAAUUUCAUGCAUUUCCGUUGACGGAAACUGCCUUCCUCGAAAUAUUCACCACCCGAUUCUAUCUCUUUUGACUUUAAUUGAGGAAUCUUAUAUGGCUUGUGGUAGGUUUAGGAGGAUCAUCGAGGUUUUAUGAGCAAACAGGGGACGGAACGAGUAUAGCGCUACUGUGGGCAGCUUCGAUCCUUCAAUUUUCGACCUCUGUUGAAUAGAAAUUUGUUAUUUAUAAUUUAGGCGAAAGUUGUGCUUCUUUGUGCAAUUACGAGGGAGGAGGGGAAGUUUCUAGAGGGGGAGGAUUUGGACAUUGCUUAUACAGGCUUCUGCUUCCAGGCCGGACGAUCAAGAAGGCGUUUUCGAUCGAGGAAACAAAGGAGAGCUGAACUUGUAGUGGUUUACAGAGUCUGAAACUCUGAAUCGUUUGCUGUCCUCUUUAAAUAUAUGUUUGAAGAUAUGGAAAUUUUUUGGGAGUCCUGCUCCCAGUACUUCUGGACUUCUUUUCUUCCUCAGGGAUGAAACUCGGGCAUAUGAAGCUGAAGCAUCACAGUUGCAGGGUGAGCUUAGGCUUCUGUAUUAUCAAUAUCACAAGCUUACUGGUUAGGCUUCUGUUUUGAUCCAUGGUAGACAGGGAAGAGUUGGUGGAGCAUCUACAGUCAGUGGAGAUUAUACACCUAUAAACGAUGGAGAUUGUACAACUAUAAGCUAUAGACUCUUGGAAAGAAAUUUGGAGGGAAACAUGUUUAUGUCAUUGUAAUUCAGAUGAAUGCAGUUCUCGGAAGGAUUGGUUCUUCAGCACAAGAGUUGGCCCAUGUAUUCAGUCAGAGUUGCUUUCAGUUAGCACAGAAUUUUAGCAAGUUCUUCUUGAACCUGGUUCUCAAAUACCAUGAAUACCAUAUUUUACAUCUAGAAUCACCUGUGCUUAUGUGCUUAUUCUGUGCUUUUAAUCCAAGUCUUUAGUGCAUUCCCACUUUUCUUCUAAUGUAGAGCUUUAUUUAUCUAAUGGGCAACUUUAUAUGAGAGGCAGAGUUGCUUUAUUAGAUUAGUAAAGUGGAUUAUGCUUUAAGUGCAUUAGAUUAUAUUAAUCAAAUGUCCAGUACAUUAUAUUAUCUUCAAUACUUUUCAGAUGUCCGUCAAUAUUCUCUGCCAGCUUUAUCUCUAUAAUCAUCUGUAUUGAAAAGUAAAUUCUGCACUCUGUGCCAGCUUUUAUUAUGUCGUGAAUUCUGCAGUCUCUCUUACUUUCUUCCCUCUUUCAUACUCUUCAUGUAUAAGGUUUUUCUUUUUAGGAACUUUUGUACUUAAAAGAAGAAAAGCCACUAAGCGAUAUAAAGUUGUGAACAAGGUCCUCAUUUAGUUUCUAAAGAGGGCAAAUCUAUGUGUUCACUGGUGAGUGAUGAAGACACCUCAAAUCUCAUAGUAAGAGACCAUAUGAAAAAAUUCCCAUCAUCAGUAUGUGUCUGAGGCGCAACAACUUCAUGCCAUGAAUGAGCGUUCAUUCUAAUUCAAAGUUUGCAGCAACUACUAUUGGCAUCUUCGGUAACUGCACAUCUGAUACCGACACUUUGGACUGCAGGAUCUUGAGAGGGAAAUGGAGGUAAAACAAGAGCACCUUUAUAAAAGAACAGAUGUGAUGAUAAACUGACUAUAAAAACUUGCUAUGAGGAACCGUGUGUCUUCAGUAACUUCUUCUGCAAUCCUGAGCAUUUGAAGGGGAAAGGAGAGUUGACUGCGGGGCCGGGGGUUCAUCAUUUGCAGCAACAACACGGGAGAUCACAGCUUUGAAGUCAGUCAUCAUUUUCAAACAGGUGAUCUUCAAAUUCAACUGUUCAUUUCACCUUACCUUUCAUGUUGCAAUUUAUGUGGCCUAAUAACAUUCUAUCUAAGUAUGCAUAUGAUUUCAUUUUAAUUUCAUCUUUUUUUUUUAAAUAUUUUAAUUUCACCUUUGUAUGGUAAAACAACUCUCCAAUUAGUAUGAAAUAAAUCAUAGUUCAUAGUCUGUAAAUGGGAAGAUUUUUUGUUUCAUGAUCCCCUUUUCCCCAUCCGGGAAAGAAUAUAUAUUAGAGACAAUUUAUUCCUCCAGAUCAUCCAAAUUUGGUCCUUUGGCUCAAAGAUAACCAUUACUUAAACUCAAAAUGCUUAAACACUCCAUUCGAUAGGUUUUGGACAAAAGCUGCUGCUUUCUGAUGUUAUCAUUUGAGGAUAUUGAAUUGUUCAAUCUGUUAUAAAGGAAGGUAUAACCGUAGUAUUCAAAAUUACAUAACAUGAAACAGUGGGAGACAAUGAUAACAUACCAUGUUUCCUUACAUGUAACACUCUAUAUAUACUGUAUGUAUAGGUACAAGUCAACAGCUUAUAGUGUCAUGAAAAGUGAAUAAUAUAAUAACUUUAGCCAUAUCCAAUAUUCCCACUCAUGUCAUGCAGUAUUUAUUCUAUCUUUAGAUCAUGACGUAUUGUCACUCACACACUUCCUUAUGCAAAAGAGGUGCAAUAGUUGAUGAUCGCCCAUAUAUUAAAACUAGAGAAAAUGAUAUCACCAACUAGUACAUACCCCUUUCAGUCGAAAGCAGGGCAAAAAGAAAACUAGCUCCAGUCAGUCCAUCCCCAAUGGCAAACUCAAACUCAAACUCACUCGUAAAAGUGGUGGAAGUUUGCAGGGUUGCUCCAAACCCAGGCUCACCGGACUCAGCCACACCAGAUUCCCUUCCUCUAACCUUGUUCGAUUUACGUUGGUUAAGGUUUGCACCGGUGCAGCGCCUGUACUUUUAUGAAAUAUCUUCUACUGACUCCAUACUUCCCAAACUCAAAGCCUCCCUCUCUCUCACACUCCAACACUUUCUGCCCCUCGCUGGAAACCUCACUUGGCCCCAAGACUCACUCAAACCUAUUCUCUGUUAUGCCAAAGGUGACAGUGUUUCACUUACAGUAGCUGAAUCUGCUGCUAAUUUUGACCAUCUUUCAAGCAAGUACGACUUGCUUGGAGUCCAAGACUACCAUCAUCUUGUACCCCAGUUGGAAGUAUCUCAUGAACAAUCUGCAGUAAUGGCAUUGCAAAUCACUGUCUUUCCCAACCAAGGCUUUUCCAUUGGAACAUCGAUGCACCAUGCCGUCUUGGAUGGUAAAACUUCAACCUCCUUCCUUAAAUCAUGGGCUCACAUAUGCAAACACGAAGAACUGGGAUCUUCAUCUAGUUUGUUACCAGAUGAGCUAAAGCCAUUUUAUGACAGAAUGGUCAUCCAAGACUUGGCAGAGCUUGGGGCGCUCUACUCGAACCAAUACCAAAACAUGAAGGGCCCCAACAAUAGAAGCUUGAAGGUUUGGAAUUUUCAAGCUCCACCAGAGUCAAUUCGAGGCACCUUCAAAGUCUGUCACGCAAAAAUACAAAAACUAAGGCAAUAUGUCAUGACUAGGAUGGUAAAGAAGAAACAACAUGAUGAUUCAGAAUCUUCAGUACUUCGUUUAUCAACGUUUUCUCUAGCAUGUGCCUAUACAUGGGUCUGCUUAGUCAAAGCUCAAGAAGCCAAAGAAGAUAAAACACGACUCAUAUUUCCGGUGGACUGUAGAUCUCGCUUAGACCCUCCUAUACCUGCAACAUAUUUUGGUAACUGCAUAGCAGGCCGUUUGGCAAUUGCAGAAACAAAAGGGCUAUUGGGAGAAGAUGGAUUGGUUGUGGCCGUGAGUGCAAUUAUUGAAGCUAUAAAAAGUUUGGAUGAUGGAGUCUUGAAUGGGGCAGAGAAUUGGGUUUCAAGAUUGUGCACUGUGCUGAGUGAUAGAGUAAUUUCCAUUGCUGGCUCAAAUCGGUUUGGUGUUUAUGAAACUGAUUUUGGAUGUGGAAUACCAAAAAAGGUCGAUCUUGUUUCUAUAGAUAGGACAGGAGCAAUCUCCCUUUCAGAUACCAAUGAUGGUGACGGAGGUUUGGACAUUGGAUUGGUUUUACAAAAACAUUAUAUGGAAGUGUUUGCUUCUCUAUUUGCCAAAGGUCUUGAAAACCUUUGAAGCCAUAAUAGUGUUAACGCUGUGGGCUGUUUGGCAACUGCAGAAACAAAAGGUGGGAUAUUGGGAGAAGAUGGGUUGUUAGGAGGGGCGGGUCUGAUUGGAAUCUUCAAUUAUCAUGAUCAUCAACUUUAAGUCAUGUGCCCCCUUCUUCAAACUUUUAAGUUAUAUGCAUACAUGGUGAUCACAACUGCAUAUGCAUGUCUUAGGAAGCAAUGAGUUGUAGAGCGGGUUUAAAUUUAAAUAAAUGAAACUUCAUUUGGUGACUUAGGUUUAUAGCCAAAUUUGAUGAGUAUAGAGUAUAACAUGUCCGGCCGGUAAGUGAACUAAAGAUGUGAAGUCAAACUUUUCUAGGUAAAUUUUUUUUUUAGCCGGCUAACUAGUAGUCUUGUAGUAAUUCACUCCAUAAUGUUGGAUAAGUCAUCAGAGUAUGAUUUUGUAUGUGAGGACAGAGUAAUAUGUUUCCACACCUUUCUUGAUCAGAAACCUUCAACCGUGAUCCUUUCUGAAUAAACAUUACGUAUGUAAGUAGUAAGCACUACAAUCAAUGUAUUUAGAGUAUUUUAGACUUUAUUUAUACAGAUCAUGUGUAUGAGUGUAUCUUUCACUCAAGUGUCAUUACAUGUAUAUAUUUUUAACUUAAUUUACUGAAACCCUUAAACUCUAAAUCAUUGCCCCUAUGAUUAUGAUUGUGUGUGUGUGUUACUACAGUUGAUGUAUUUAGACUUCAAUUUUACACAUCAUGUGUGUUCUUUACACGUUUUUUUUUUUUUUUUUUUGUACUUACAGAAAACCUCAAACUCGCUCUCCCCGUCA